UUGGCGGUUUUCUCGGUGUUUUGUUAACGUCUCGACAAAACAGACAAAAGUGAUAAAUUCACAAUCUAUAAAGAACAGUUUGUAAAAUUACUGGUUUAGUACAAUUUAUGUCGUCCUGGAAAACAGUGCAUUCCGAAUGAUCGUCCCAAUACCCUAAACGGGGAUAAUAAUUGUAAAUCUAGAAUUGUGCAGUGACUACUGGCCUAUAAAUUUGGGUUUCGAAUUUUGCUGUCCAAAUAGAUUAAUGCAAACGUGUUCGACGAUUUAAACUGACCUGUCAGCAAACUUUUACAAUGCAAUCCAAAGCACAUAACGGUGAGAAUUUUCGACAAGCCGCUUCGCAGUAUAUGGUUGUAAUUUUUCUGCAAAUUGUUAGCAGUUUUGCAGUUGAAACACCCGAACCUUCUUCUCUUCUGCGGCCACGAGAUAUCAAUCCGCAUCCAUACGAAAACGUUUAUGAUGGAGUUAGCAUUUAUGACAAAAACGUGAUCAUCAACGGUGAUAAAUUCAUGCAAAAUUUAUUGAGCCAAGCUCCCGUCCAAUUCCCACGGUUGAUAAACAGUGCUUCGAUGAACGCUUUGCCUAAUCCAUACGAAAAAUUUGCUUUGAAAGAACGACUCGCUAAAACGGAGCGCUUUUCCGGAGCGGACAGUUUAAUUGUGAAACCUGCAUACAAGGCCCUAGCGAAACAUGCUGCACGAGUUUUGAACAACCAGGUUGUGGAUACUUACGAGGACAAUGAGAUUGACAACUACAGAGAAGCAACGAAUCUCAAAAAGCAUUAUGUUUUCUCGUACGCCGUAAAGGAUGCAGCAUCUGGAGAUGACUUUUCUCACACACAACAACAGCAAGUCGAUGGUGCUGUCAAAGGAAGAUACAAGGUACAACUGCCUGACGGUAGAAUGCAAAUCGUCAAAUAUAUAGCUGAUAACAAUGGGUACAGAGCUGAUGUGACUUACGAGAACGAACCGAGCUCGAAUGCACUGAACCAUGUGACGGCCGCUCCAGGUCUCGUGCAAGUAACAGCCACUCCGACAGCAUCUCACCUAGCCUCUGCGGAACCUAUAUACAAUUACUACAAAAAUUUGCAGCAACGUCAACGGUAUGUUCAGGCAUCAGCACCCAUUCGACGUCAACACCCUCAACAAACGAUCUAUUAUCAAAAAGCCACUCCAACGCAAAUACCCGCUCCCUACUAUCCCUCACGUCUACGGGUCAACAAUGUCAAAAUUCAUAGCUAUAACACCGCUCCACAUGCUGGUAACCUGAUUCAAUCAACGAUAACUCCUGCUACUGGAAGGUAUAUAAGUUACCAACCAUCUACAAAUCUUGCCUUCGUCUCUACGACUGCCAAUCCUGUUCAACUGCAAUCAAAUACACUAGCUCGAUCCGGCCUUAUUCCGGUGGUUGUAACAACAGCGGGUCCAUCCGUUGUACCCUAUUACCGUGAUAUUAACAUAACUCCUCCCAGCGCACCUCCGACAGCGCGUAGAACUUCAAUAUUCGACAAUCGAGAAUCAGUGCAACAAGCAAUUUACACGCAAGUUGAUCCCGCCCAAAACAGUCCCACAACACUGGAUUACGAUUACGUACAAAUUCCUAACACCAAUCACGUAUACAAACGAAAUACGGAUAAGGAUGGGCAUAUUAUUACCGAUGCAGCGCAAUCUAGGAACCAAGAAAGGUCUAAGACAGACACGUCAGCGGAGCAUGAGGCAUUUUCUAACAUGAAACAGAAACCUGAAGAGUCAGCCGUAUCAUUCCAUGCCAGAUUAAUGGAAAAAGUGAGAUUGUGUGGGUAUAGCCAAAUGGAUCAAGAACGCUUCGUGAGAGCCCAGUUAUUGAAAGGAUUGAAAAAUAGAGAACUCGCGAAAGCUGCACGGACCUACGGCUAUGUGACGAACUUCAUUGUACAAUCAGCCACAAGAGAGGAAGCCUACGAAGCGGAAGUAUUGGACGAUAUGAACACGUUAAAUCGGGAAGCUGGCGUGUUGGCGAUUCAGCAUAGACAUGUGCAGCGGUCGAUACAGGGCAACCGAAAGCGUACACGAGAGGAUGACUAUUACGACAAUCGGCUAGCGAAACGGUAUCGCAAUACCGGAAGGCGUUUUCUGGGACAACGUUCACGUUGCUCUAGAUGCAACCGUCCUGCUCAUCCAAGAGGUCAAAUUUGUCCAGCAUUCAGCAAGCGGUGUAACACCUGUAACGAGAUUGGACAUUUUGCUGCUACAUGUAGACGUAAACGAAUAGACACGGUCGAGCAUAAAGAAGUACAGUCUGCCUCUCCAUCAUGGAGUGAGGAGGAACCAGACGAUAAAAAGGUAAUUGACAGUUGA